GUUGGCGUUGGCGCGAAAGAAUCCUAUGCGUUCUCCUGCUGUUCGAAAUGCUGCUCGGCUGUGAUGCCCGAGAUAACGGUGCGCCAGAUGUUUAUAAGAUACUUGGAGGUGCCAGAAUGCGCCAGGUGGACUACGAUUAUUCAUAUGUGAAUAACGAUGUAAAUGAAAAUCAAGAGGUCCUCUACGUCGGUCACAGUGGUAACCCGUGGAGUGCUUCCUCAGCGCGUAUUUAUAACAAGGAUAUCUACGUACAUACAUCAUCGAACAACGCGACAGCGAACAACACAGAAACUCAAUCCGCAACAAGUGCAAAAGAGACGAGCCAUGUGAGAUUCAAAAGAGGAGUAAUACAUCUUUACAAUAUGGUAGUAUGCGCUACGGGAUGUAAUCCUUUAGCUUAUAAAGGAUAUGGUUGCUAUUGCGGAUUCUUAGGAUCUGGUUAUGUCAUUGACGGUAUCGACCAAUGCUGCAAGAUGCACGACUGGUGUUACGACGCCACGGAAUGUCAUAUGUUCUCGGAAUACUUUGUACCAUAUUAUUGGAGAUGUUAUCACGGUUAUAAACCUGUUUGUGCGGUUGAGCAUGGCAGUUGGGGCGGAUCAGGAUCAUGUGCUCAACGUUUAUGCGAAUGCGAUCGUUCGUUAGCAGAGUGUCUGAAAAGAUAUCCUUGCCCUACUACUAAAGCAGUUUGUACCUCGUCACCAUGGAGACUUGUGCAGAAUCUUUUCAUGAUUAUAUAAACGUAUUUUUUAGAAAUAGCAUAAAUCACAUUUAUAGAAACAU